AGGGCUCAGAGGUGCUCAGAGCAGCUCAGAGGAAAGGUGCUGAGGCUGUCCCUCCUCCCAGGGAGGAAGGUGGGUUAGAGGAACAGCCCUACUGAAGCUCCAGAGCUCUGAAACGUGAUCCUGCCGGAGGCACCUCCCUGGGCCCCACCUCGCCCUCCCUGACCGAUAUAUGUGCCCGGCCCUGGGCGGCGCGGGGGCCGCGGCUCGCUCAGCCCCCGGGAGCCCCUGCUCAGGGACAAGAGCGCCAGGGCAUGGCCAAGAACACCAACAUGCGCUGGCGGCUGCCGCUGGUGUGCCUGCUCUGGGAGCUGGCCAUGAUCGUCCUCUUCGGGGUCUUCGUGCGCUUCGGCGCCGAAGCUGACGCGCACUGGGAGGAGGAGAAACGGGACAUGAACCUGACCAGUGACAUGGAGAACGACUUCUACUUCCGAUACCCCUCUUUCCAGGAUGUCCAUGUGAUGAUCUUUGUGGGCUUUGGCUUCCUCAUGACCUUCCUCAAGCGCUAUGGAUUCGGAGCUGUGGGUUUCAAUUUCCUCCUUGCUGCCUUUGGGAUCCAGUGGGCUCUCCUGAUGCAAGGCUGGUUCCACUCUUUCAAGGACGGGAAGAUCCUCAUUGGAGUGGAGAACCUGAUCAAUGCUGAUUUCUGCGUGGGCUCUGUGUGCAUCGCCUUUGGGGCCAUCCUGGGCAAAACCAGCCCCAUACAGCUCCUUGUCAUGACUUUGUUUCAAGUCACACUCUUUUCAGUGAAUGAGUACAUCCUCCUCAACCUUCUUCAUGUGAAGGAUGCAGGUGGCUCCAUGACCAUUCACACCUUCGGAGCCUACUUUGGCCUCACAGUGACACGGAUCCUGUACAGACCCAACCUGGAGCAGAGCAAGGACAAGCAGGGCUCUGUGUACCACUCUGACCUCUUUGCUAUGAUUGGUACCCUGUACCUGUGGAUGUACUGGCCCAGUUUUAACUCAGCCAUUUCUGACCACGGGGAUGCCCAGCACAGGUCUGCCAUUAACACGUACUGCUCGCUGGCCGCCUGUGUCCUCACCACCAUGGCCUUCUCCAGCAUGCUGCAAAAGAAGGGCAAGCUUGACAUGGUGCACAUCCAGAACGCCACGCUGGCCGGCGGCGUGGCCGUGGGCACCAGCGCCGAGAUGAUGCUGACCCCGUAUGGCUCCCUCAUUGUGGGCUCCAUCUCUGGCAUCGUGUCCACCCUGGGCUAUGUCUACUUCACGCCUUUUUUGGAGUCCAGGUUGCACAUCCAGGACACAUGUGGCAUCCACAACCUCCAUGCCAUGCCAGGCCUUAUUGGGGGCAUUGUGGGGGCCAUCACAGCAGCUGCAGCCACAGAGGAUGUGUAUGGAAAGGAAGGGUUCAUCAAGGCGUUUGACUUCACGGGCGUGUACCAGACGCGGACACCCAGCAUCCAGGGAGGCUUCCAGGCAGCCGGCAUUGUGGUGUCUCUGCUGAUGGCAUUCGCUGGGGGAGCCAUCGUGGGGGGCAUCCUGAAGCUGCCCAUCUGGGGGGACGCCGCGGCCGAGAACUGCUUCGAGGAUGGCAUUUACUGGGAGGUGCCGGAGGACGAGGAGAGCGACGUGUACCACAUGCACAACCCCGACAAGCCCGCCUCGCCCUGAGCCGCGCCCCGCCGCCCGCCCGCCUUCCCCGCCGCAGCACCGAGCGCAGAGGGACCGUCCGCUCCCCGAGACCGCGGGGCUCUGCCCUGCUCUGCCGCUUUUGUGGAUACAAUAAAGUCGUGUUCUUCUUUCCA